AUGAAUGUCUUUUGUCUGUUCCUGUUAGUGGUGGGUUUGUGCCAUUCUGUGUCCGCCGUGUGGCCCGAAACUCCGUUUCAAGCAGUGAAUUAUUUGCUUCGUUAUGGCUAUUUGAACCCGGAUUAUUCGAUGAGAACAAAUCCUUCUAAGUUACUCUUUUAUGCCGUAAAGAAUUUCCAGAAAAAGUCAAUGUUAAAUGCAACAGGAAAGAUUGACGAGUUUACGUUGCGUCAAAUGCAGAAGAAACGCUGUGGUGUUCCGGAUUUUUCCCGCGAAACGUUGAAAAAUAUAUUUCUCGGGCCUGACAUCAGAAUCUCACUGAGUAAACGAGAUGCAACACAAGGUAGGAAACCUGUCUCCUACGUGGUUACAACUGCGCCCAACACCCCACAUACUUUUUUUUUCUUAAUUUACAAGCAUUAUUCACUAUUUUUUUUAGUUUUUUUUUUUUAG